AUGACAUUACCCCCGCCAUGUCCUAACCAUGACAAGAGGAGAUGGGAGGAAAGUAGGAUUCCCUAUGACAACAAGCGAUACCGCCCCACUCAGAACAGGCCGCCGUACGGAGGAGGACAGACUUCGUUCAAUCCAAGGAACGACCCCCGUGCCAGACCGCCUCAGUGUAACGUUUGCGCCAGGUACCAUUUCGGGGAGUGUAGAGGACCGAACCCGACCAGGUGCUUCGACUGCAGAGGGAAUGGUCACUUCUCUAGGGAGUGUCCGAGUAGGAACGUAGGAAUCGGGUUGAGGCAGAACCAACAAGGCAUCCGUCAGCAGCCGAGGGCGCCACCUACGGGCUCGGGAACAAACCGAGAUCAACCACUACGGCUGCAGCAGCCUGUCCGCCCAAGACUUCCCGCCCCGGCUAGAGCGUACGCUAUAGAGCAGAAGCAGCCCAAGGUCGAGCAAGGAAAGCCCGAGAGUGGAAAUCUAGCAGGUAUAGGCGAAAUCCUUGAUACCCCUAUUGUUGUUUUGUUCGACACAGGCGCAUCUCAUUCGUUCAUCUCUGAGUUAUGUGUGCAUACCUUGAGCUUGCCUACUAGGAAGUCUGAACAUAGAAUGAUGGUGUCCUCACCAGUAGGAGGAUUGGUUGAGAUCUCUCGUUUUUGCUUGAACGUAGAAAUCGUACUAGGAGAACUUAAGUUAGUUGCUCACGACCUGCGAGUUAUGGCGAUGAGAGACGUUGACGUAAUCUUAGGAAUGGAUUGGUUAACUGAGAACUUUGCGACGAUUAGUUGUAAGAAGCGACAGAUAACCCUACAAACCCCAGGUGUGGAACCCGCCGUGUACCACGGAAUCUCGAUGAACCGAUGA